CGGAGGAGCGGAUGCGAGAGGCGCUUGUAAAGUCCCCACCAUAAUUAGCCGCGGACAUAUCAACAGGAAUAAUCGGAUUAUGAGGAUUCGAGGAGGAGAAAUCGCUCGAAUCCGGGAUUAAAUCACUCCUAUCCUCUCUCUUUCCACUCCUCCGUGAUGGGGAUAGACCGGCGGCGGAGAGCGUCUCUGGCUCUCACCUUGAACUUCUUGGCAUUGUUCCUCGCUGUGUCGGCUCUCGGAACCAGUCACUGGUGCGCCGGGACCCGGAAAGUAGUGAAGCCGUUCUGUACCGGACCGGUGACCACGAAGCAGUCCUUUUGUAUCAGGUUCAACAGCUCUAACCUGAACGACACACGGCUCGUGCAGUACAUAUGGGAGACCGGGGAGGACAAGUACGUCAUGAGGAAGUUCCACACAGGGAUCUGGUUCUCCUGCGAGCAGAACAUCAACAUGACCGGGGAAAAUUGUAGAAGUUUCAUCUAUGUGGCGCCUGCAAAUGAACGAGGAGUCCUGUGGCUGUGCAUCGUCGCCGAGUGCCUGUACAUCCUCCUUUUGGCCACCGGGGGUGUCCUCAUGUCGAUAGAAGUGUGCCAGUUUGGCAACGUCAUUGACGGCCUCAAACUCAAUGCCUUUGCAGCCAUUUUCACAGUGCUCUCAGGUCUGCUGGGGAUGGUAGCCCACAUGAUGUUCACAACAGCUUUCCAGCUGACUGUCAGCCUGGGCCCAGAAGACUGGAAACCUCAGACAUGGGACUACAGCUGGUCAUACAUAUUAGCAUGGAGUUCCUUCACAGCGUGCAUGGCGUCCUCCGUCACCACCAUCAACCGGUACACCAAAACCAUCCUGGAGUUCAAGCACAAGCGAAGGAACAUUGAGAAGAACCUAAAGAUCAAGCAGAAGCUCUUGGAGCUGGACGCUCCGGAGCAGGUUUGGGACAUGUAUAUCAGUUCUGUGCCAAGUACCGCUGAGGAGCUGCUGGACCUCUCGUCCAACGGCCACAAACUCUCCAACACCUCCAUCUUCUUGGACCUCAACGACCUGCCCGACCCACAAGGAGAGGAGUACUGCUAGAUGAGCUCCUCGUAGCUUCUGAACGCAUCAUCAUGCCAUUGUUAUGUUUACUAUGCUAUUCUACGCGGAGGUAGUUACUUUUUAAAAAUUCAUAAUAAUAACAGUAUCCCAUGAAAUAAGAUAAAAAUCAUCCACUUACGUCCUGAGUGACAGUAUUGCUCUGAAAUGCCUUCAAAGGGUGAGGAUUUUUACUUUAGUUUUAUUAUACAGUACUUAACUUAUCUUUACACUUUAAUGAACGCAAAACUUGUUUUGUUUGCUUUUUCCUCACAAGGGUCGCGGGGGUGCUGGAGUCUAUCCCAGCUGUCUUGGGGCAAGAGACGGGGUACACUCUGGACUGGUCGCCAGCCAAUCACAGGGCACAUAUAGACAAACAACCAUUCACAUUCACAUUCAUACCUACGGACAAUUUGGAGUAGCCAAUUAACCUAGCAUGUUUUUGGAAUGUGGGAGGAAACCGGAGUUCCCGGAAAAAAACCCACGCAUGCACGGGGAGAACAUGCAAACUCCAAUAGAGUUUGGAAAAAAAAAAAGGGUGGGAUUGAACCCUGAUCUCCCAACUGUGAGGUCAGAACACGAACCACUCAACUACAUGCCAUCUUGACUCUUACCGUCAUAUAAUAUAUAAUAUACUAAUAUAUACUACUAGCCCACCUGCUAUAUGAUGAUAUUUUUGGGAAUAUAUUGCUGACAAGCGACUUGUGUGGGUCACCUGACUUCUGUGAGGGCAACAUGGUCUUAGUCCCCACUCAGUGGUGGUUUAAAUGGUCUGUCUCAUGUGUCAUGUGACUGCUGACCAGCCCAGGGUAUCAUCCAUCCUUCACUCUAAGGCAGCUGGGAUAGGCUCCAGCGUAUUGUGAGCUUAUCCCUAAGGAUGGAUGGAUGAUGUAAUCAUGCUUCUACUUUUUUUUUUUUUAUUCCAAAAUAUUUUUUUUCUUAAAAUUCUACACCCAACAUCCCAUAAUGCCAGCCACUGCUAUAUGUACUCCGUGUACUUUCAUUCCGGGCUCCCUUGCUCAAGAGUACAGCGCUGUAACCAACAAUAAGGCUCUUGUUUACCGUCUUUAAUUACACUAAAGACCACAUUAUUCUGAUUCAAUGUUUCUGUAUUUAUGUCAUUAUAAUAUAAAUGACAAAACUUCAUACCUCAUUGAAAUAAUGUAUAAAAACCUCAAUAUACAGUACGUGUUAUUUCUACAUGUGAUCUAGUACCGUCAUGGAUAAGAAAGUGUGUAAUGUGAUAAGUGUAUUUGAAAUUGAAAGUGCCAAAGUUGAAGUAAAUAGCUGCAAAUAGAUUGCAAUGAAAUAUACAAAAAUGUAUGAUAAUGUUUUGGGGUUUUUUUAACAGUGGAAAAGGAGAGACUUAUCAUGUGAGCAUUUAUGUAGCAAAUAAAAAGGUUGAAUGAGUCGUGGUGGAGUUGUUUCAUAUAUACUAUUACAGGCCUUGUAG